AUGAUGCUUCCAGCAAGAUUAAAACAAUCCAAAUUAAAUUCAAGUAUUCAAUUUAUUAAAAAUUCAUGUCUGUCAACAGUGUAUCCUGAUAUAUGUUACAGGACACUCUCAUCUUAUGCAGCCACCAUAAAGACAAAUCCAAGAGAGUUGGCGAAUGCAGCCCUGUCGGUGAGCCUGAAAGAAGUGCAGUCUACUUCUGCAUUGGUGCAAAAGUUAUCGAAAGGGCGUGACUUUAGGCCUAGAGAAGCCGGUGCCAUAAGGGAUUGUGUGGAGACGAUAAAAGACUCGGUUGAUGACCUGCAACAAUCUUUGGCAGCAAUAAAGGAUCUAAAAGGCCCUGAAUUUGAAUGGAAAAUGAGUGAUAUAUUAACUUGGGUGAGUGCUGCUUUAACAAAUGAAGAUACGUGCAUGGAAAAUUAA